CGAAUAUGAAAAUUGAAUAAAUGGCCUACAGUAUUCUGAUUCUGUCCAUUCAAUCGUUAAUAUCCUGUGAAGCACAACGUCAAUGGCAACUCUUGGCGUGCAAGCUGUUCGUCCUCCUCCAUUAACAUCCACCUCCGACCCACCUCCUCUUUUUGAUGGCACCACCAGGUUGUACAUCAGUUAUUCUUGCCCCUAUGCACAGCGUGUAUGGAUAACUAGGAACUACAAGAGACUACAAGACAAGAUCAAAUUGGUACCUAUUGAUCUUCAAGAUAGGCCAUCUUGGUAUAAGGAGAAAGUCUACCCUGAAAAUAAGGUGCCAUCACUGGAGCACAAUGGCAAGGUUUUGGGACAAAGUCUUGAUUUGAUCAAAUAUGUAGAUGCCAACUUUGAAGGGACACCUUUGUUUCCUGGUGAUCCUGCUAAGCAAGAGUUUGGUGAACAACUAUUAUCCCAUGUUGAUACAUUCAACAAUGACGCGUCCUCUUCAUUGAAAGGGGGUGUUGUACAGCAAGCUCGCUCUGCCUUUGAGUACCUGGAGAAUGCUCUUGGUAAAUUUGAUGAUGGGCCAUUCUUUCUUGGUCAAUUCAGUUUGGUGGAUAUUGCAUACAUUCCAUUUGUUGAAAGAUUCCAACCUGUCUCUAUUGACGUGUUCAAACAUGACAUCACGGAAGGAAGGCCAAAACUUGCAACGUGGAUUGAGGAGGUGAACAAGAUUGAUGCUUAUACAGAGACAAAAUUAGAUCCCCAAGAAAUAGUUGAUAGAUUCAAGAAACGUUAUCUGUCUCAACAGUGAGCGUUGGAUUCAGUCAAAUAUCAGUUAUGUUUAUCUGCUAAAGUUGCUCACAUAGUUAUGUUCACUUCUCAGCUUGUAUCUUUGAUGUCGUAAUAAUGUUUAUAUUACCACCUUAUUGUGCUCUUAGAGACUUAUUUAGAUGUUCUUUAGUUUCAAGGUUUAAUGUAAAAAUGUUGCAUCUUUCUUUUGACCCAAAGUUCCCUUAAAUUGAUUUCUAGCUGAGCUUUUUCAACUAA